AUACAUUCUACAUAUAUGACAUAUCAGCGGAUUAUCAGUGAACAUAUCUGUCAAAAGGGGAGGAUUAUUUAGUACCAUAAGGGAAACUGUAUAUUCUACAAUAUUUUUGUUUUAAUUAUUAGUUAAAUGUAACGUGUGAUCUCGAGUUAUAUAUAAAAUUCGUAUGAAAAUGCGAACCACAUAAAACGUAAACGAUCUCAUACAAGACCAAUAAAAAUAUUAUUGUCCUUGUUAGCUCUGCAAGUAACAUAAUGUGUAACAAAACAAGGAAACAAGCGAAUUACUUUUGUGUUUAUUUAUAUUUUACAAAAUUAUAGCAAACGAGAAAUCUCAGUAUUGUUUAAGUAAGAAAGAUUCUACUGAUCAAUAUGAAUUAAGUGAUGGCACCUGCAAAAGAUAAAUGGAUUAGACGUUUUAUAAUUACUGAAACAAAGCGGCACAAGAAAGGCUUUACAAUCUACAAAGUUACUUCUAUGAUAUUUCUGAAAUCCUCUCAUGAAGAAGUGUCAAAAAUAUCUGUAUGGAAGCGUUAUAAUGAUUUCAAAAAGCUUCAUGCAGAACUCAGUCACUUACACAAGCGUUUUGGAACGAAAGAAAGUUUCCCACCUUUUCCCAAAUCAAAAUAUUUUGGCAGAUUUGAAGCUGAGGUCGUAGAGGAGAGGAAGAAAUAUGCUCUUAAGUUUUUGGAAUUUGUAGGACGAUACUCGUACUUAUACUCAAGCGAUAUCUUUAUAACAUUCUUUGAAACUAGUCAUGCAGAUAAUUAUAGUAAUGAUUGCGCACAUUCCUUAAGCUCAGAUACAUCUGAAGAUGAUCGUGUUGUUACUUUAAGUGAUUCUGUGCUUAUAAAUGAUAAUACAGUGCAAAGUACCUUUGAAAUUCCAUGUUCAUUGAAAGCAUCUCAUAAUGUAUUAACAAAUCCGUGUUCUUCUUUGUCAAAUGUUAUUUGUGCAAACAAAAAUGAAUUUGCAUAUCGGAGGAAGAAUGAAUCUCACGACAGUAUUAAUUUACAGAAUGCUAAUGUUAAUAGAAAAGAAAGCUGUAAAACAGCAAAAUUGCAUACGCAAGAUAUUAUUACUAAACAGUAUAAUGCACAUCAAAACAAAAGUUUUGAUAAAAAUGACAUGGCAACACUCAACGAUGUAUCAGAAUUUGAUAGUCUGAACAACAAUAUCAGUAAACGCUUUUUAAAUUAUGAUACACAUUCUACAUAUUCUGUAAUAAUACAAGAGGACAUAAAUGAUCAGACACAACCAGAUUCUACACAGUAUCUCUUGAUAGCAGCUGCUCACAUAAGUGCAGCUUUCAAACAUGAAUCUAUAGCCGAGUACGAGGAAGCUUUUAUACAAUACAAACUGGGAAUAUCAUGUCUAAUAAACGGUGUACAAUUUGAUCCAGAUAGUACAAGAGUACCAGGCAUAAAAGAUAAGAUAUCAAAGUAUUUAGCACGAGCUGAACAAUUAUAUAACGAACAUUUAAAUUGUAACAUCUCCAAAAUAAAUAAACCAAUAUCUGAGCUUCAAUAUUAUAAAGUGCUUAAAAUAAUGAAAUCCGUGAUGCUCGUAAUGGAUAUACGUGCAAAUUGUAAAAGAAUAAUCAAGUAUAGUUGUGGAAGAUUAUGGGACUUCGUAAGACUACAUUAUAAAGAAUUUGACAGUCUGUAUGAUGUAACUUCAAAUCACAUAUAUAUAAAUAAAGAUGUCAAUGGAGAGAUCAGCAGCAAUGAAAAUAUUUAUGAACUAAAUAAAGCGGAUAUAGUUAUAGAAAACAAUAAAGUACGAGGAAAUCGUCGAUGCACGAUAGAUGAUCAAAGUGAUAUCUAUAUGGAAAUGCCUACUAUACAAUUAUUAGAAAAAUCACAAGAAUUAUUACAAUCUGUUAAUGCAACAUUAAAGAAAAGCAAUUCUAUUGCAAAUCGAUUAAAUGAGUGUAAGGAAUUGAGACAUUCAGAAAGUACACCAUCGCUGAGUGCAAAGACUGUUACAAAGAUCCCUCAGGAAUCAGAUCUUAUGUUAUCUAAUGUUCAUCACAAUAAAUCACAUACUAGUAAUACGAAAGUAGAUGACAUUAUUGUUGCAGAGAAUCCUUUGACAAAAGGUUUCAUAAAGAAUAAAGAUUUGAAAAGCAAUAAUUCUUUAUUAAUGAACAAUAACGAAAAUUCAAACGAAUCAAGAAAAAAUUGUGCAUCUGUAUUAAAUGGAAGUUGUGCGACUCGUGAAUCAUUCAAAAAUAAUAAAAUGGACAAUUUAUUGCAUAACAAUUCAAAAACUAUUUCAAUACAGAAUGUCUCGACCAAUAAUGUAUUACAGAUCUGUGAGAAUAAUACUGAAAGUAUAUCCGAUCAAAUAAAUUCAUCAAACAUUAAUUAUAGCAUUGAUGAGACACAAUAUACGAUUAAAGAAAAUAAUAUAGAUGAACAGGAGUUUUGGCAAGUACCGGAAGCUGUAAUUCGGUCAUGGGCAGCUGAAAUUCUUUUAGCUUUAGAAGCACUUCAUCAGCAAAAUGUCAUAAUUCUCGAUUUCAAACCUGAUAAUAUUCUUCUGGAUGACGCAGGACAUAUCCGGCUUACUUAUAUUAUAGCACAGCACAAUGUUGAAUUAUCUAAACUAAUAUAUCCAUAUUCCUCACCUGAGUCAGUAAUGUUUUCUCCGACCAUUCCUGUUACAUCCGCUACAGAUGUUUGGAGUUUCGGAGUUAUUUUAUAUGAACUACUUACUGGCACUAUGUUUAUCAGAAAUCAUCCAGGAUCAUUUCAUUCACAUUCCACAAUUAACAUUCCUAGCAGAUUAUCGAAAAGUGCAGGAUCUUUGUUAUGUGGCAUGUUAAAAUAUCAUCCAGAAGAGCGACUGACAAUAGAUGAAAUAAAGCGUCAUCCGUUUUUUGCAAGAACUGAUUGGUUAAAUAUGAUUUCUUAAACUUAAUGCUUACUAGGGAAUUCAUAAAUUUUAUACUUAUAAUAAUUGUACAAAUAUUUAUUAUGUAGCGGAGAUACAAUCUUAUUUUGUAGAUGAACAAAACGAUAUAAAAAU